UACAUAAUAAGAUACACACGUGUGUGAUCCUGCUGUUUUCUCAGGCCGGACUGUAAAUCGGUGCUGAUGAUCGAGUCUGGCAUCAGGAUUCACUGCACUGAGUUUGACUGGCCCAAGAACAUGAUGCCGUCUGGAUUCGCCAUGAAAUGUCGGAAGCACCUGAAGUCCAGGCGUCUGGUGCAUGUGAAGCAGCUCGGCGUGGACAGAAUCGUGGACAUUCAGUUCGGAUCAGACGAGGCGGCGUAUCAUCUGAUCCUGGAGCUGUACGACCGAGUGAGAGCUUCAUUAACAUCAUUAACACUCAUUGAGAACAUGUGAGUUACAAUCACAUGAAGCUGCUGCAGAAUGUUCCAGA